AUGGGCGGCGAACUACUGGAAAAGCCGGUCGAGUACAGCUCGAGCAACGAUGGCAGCUCGGGCAAAGAUAUCGAUGUCGGCGAUCAAGAGAAGGCAGCGAUGGGUCAGACUCCAUUCCCACAACAGCUACCCAACGAGCCCGCGCCGCCGCUCACACGGCUAGACUCUAAGAAGCCCAAGGCGGAGAAGGAGAAAGACGUGGAAGAAGGCGAGGACCCUUUCGCACAUCUGCCGGAGCAUGAGGCCAACGUCUUGCGAAGGCAGCUUGAUAUCCCGCCUGUCAAGGUGACAUAUAUGAUGCUGUACCGGUACGCGACUCGGAACGACUGUCUUAUCAUGGCAUUGGCGGGUAUCUGCGCGAUCGCAGGUGGUGCGGUCAUGCCUUUAAUGACAGUUGUCUUUGGUUCGCUGGCUGGCACCUUCCAGGGCUACCUGGUCGAGCAUACGGUCACGCACCAGGAGUUCAAUGACAAGAUCGCGCAUCUGGUGCUAUAUUUCGUCUAUCUGGGCAUCGGAGAGUUUGUUACAAUCUACGUCGCCACCGUUGGCUUCAUCUACACUGGCGAGCAUAUAUCAGCAAAGAUCAGAGAGCACUAUCUUGCUUCGAUUCUACGACAAAACAUUGGCUACUUCGACAAGCUUGGAGCCGGAGAGAUCACUACUCGCAUCACGGCAGACACGAAUUUGAUUCAAGACGGCAUAUCAGAGAAGGUCGGCCUGACGUUGACAGCCAUCGCGACCUUCAUUACCGCCUAUAUCAUCGCAUUCAUCAAAUACUGGAGGCUGGCGCUCAUUCUUACUUCAACGAUCUUCGCCAUCGUCUUCACCAUGGGAGCUCUCGGCGGUUUGAUCACGAAGUACAACAAAAAGUCGCUUGCAGCGUAUGCCGCGGGUGGUACCGUGGCUGAAGAAGUCAUCAGCUCCAUCCGCAACGCGACCGCUUUCGGCACGCAGGAUAAGCUGGCCAAGGAGUACGAUGUCCACCUCACUGAGGCGGAGAAGCAGGCUGUCAAAAUGAAGUCCAUCCUGGGAUCCAUGAUCGGCUUCCUCAUGUGCUACGUUUACCUCAACUACGCGCUGUCCUUCUGGCAAGGCUCUCGCUAUCUGGUGGCUGGAAAGAUGUCGCUGUCGGAUGUCCUGACUAUCCUGUUGACCAUCAUGAUUGGCGCAUUCUCGCUCGGUAACGUGGCCCCAUUCAUCCAAGCCUUCACGACUGCUGUUGCAGCGGCAUCAAAGAUCUACUCCACCAUUGAUCGUGAGUCGCCUUUGGAUCCGGACUCGGAGGCAGGUGAGAAGCUGAAGAAUCUUGAUGGCACGGUUGAGCUCCGCAACAUCAGACACAUCUACCCGUCGCGCCCGGAAGUUGUUGUUAUGGAGAACGUCAACCUCCUUGUGCCGGCUGGCAAGACCACUGCUCUUGUUGGAGCCUCGGGGUCGGGCAAGAGUACCAUAGUCGGCCUGGUAGAACGAUUCUACGAUCCAGUCGGUGGUCAAGUUCUACUUGACGGAGCAAAUGUGCAAAACCUGAACCUACGCUGGCUCCGACAGCAGGUCAGCCUGGUGCAGCAGGAGCCGACUUUGUUCGCCACCAGCAUUUUUGACAACAUCACCCACGGUUUGAUUGGUACUCAGCACGAGGGCAAGCCGCAUGAAGAGAACCGGGAACUGGUGGAGCAUGCCGCGAAGAUGGCAAAUGCUCAUGACUUCAUCACGCAAUUACCAGAGGGUUACGAGACGAACGUGGGAGAGCGCGGAUUCCUUAUGAGUGGUGGGCAGAAGCAGCGUAUCGCUAUCGCCAGAGCCAUUGUCAGCGACCCGAAGAUUCUUCUACUUGACGAAGCAACAUCAGCGCUCGACACCAAGAGCGAGGGCGUAGUCCAGGCCGCGCUCGACAAAGCCGCUCAAGGCCGGACUACCAUCGUGAUCGCACAUCGACUCAGCACUAUCAAGCAUUCAGACAACAUCGUCGUGAUGAGCCAAGGCCGCAUCGUGGAGCAGGGAAAGCACGACGCCCUCCUCGAACAGCAAGGCGCCUACUACAACCUCGUCGAAGCCCAGCGCAUCGCGCAAGAGAACGAGCAGCACCAGGAUGACCGACGCUCUUCCAGUGACGAGGAGGAAGAAAUGAUUUUCGACGAUCGGUCUGGCAGAUUCAUGGCCACGGCGAAGACACCUGUAUCCGAGAAAGGCGCGCCGUUCGACUCUGACCCUGCUGAUCUCGAGCUUCGUCGCACGAAGACCGGCAAGUCGGCCUCGGAAAAAGUUCUCGAAGGCAAGCCAUCGGAGCCGGCGAAGAAAUACUCGCUCUGGACGCUGAUGCGUCUUGUUGCUUCCUUCAACCGACAAGAAUGGUGGCAGAUGCUCAUCGGUCUGGCCAUGUCCGUCGUCGCAGGUGCAGGCAACCCCGUGCAAGCUGUUUUCUUCGCCAAAUCCAUCACCGCGCUCUCUCUUCCACCUUCGCAGUACGGUCAACUGCGGUCGAGGAUCGACUUCUGGAGCUGGAUGUACUUCAUGCUCGCCAUGACUCAACUGAUUUCUCACGCUGCCUCUGGCGUCGUCUUUGCAUACUGCUCUGAGAGAUUGGUGCACCGCUCACGCGACCGCUCCUUUCGCUCGAUGCUGCGACAGGACAUCUCGUUCUUCGACAAGGACACGAACACCGCCGGUGCCCUGACCUCUUUCUUGUCUACCGAAACGACGCAUCUCGCUGGUAUGUCUGGCGUCACUCUCGGCACGAUCCUUCAAGUCCUGGUAACGCUCAUUGUCGCCUUCAUCAUCUCGCUCGCCGUUGGCUGGAAGCUAGCUCUCGUCUGCAUCUCCACUGUGCCUAUCGUGCUGGCUUGUGGAUUCUUCCGAUUCUGGAUGCUGGCGCGCUUUCAGCAACGUGCGAAGGUUGCGUACGAGAAGUCUGCUUCCUACGCCUGCGAGGCCACGUCAGCUAUCCGGACUGUUGCUUCUCUCACUCGAGAAAACGACGUGUGGCAGCACUACCACGCACAGCUCGUUUCGCAGGGCUCAAAGUCGCUCAAAUCCAUCAUCCAGUCAUCCAGCUUAUAUGCGGCGAGCCAGAGCGCCAUGUUCCUGUGCAUUGCGCUCGGCUUCUGGUAUGGUGGCACUCUCAUCGGCAACCGGGAGUACAACAUGUUCCAAUUUUUCCUGUGCUUUAGCGCAGUCAUCUUCGGCUCUCAAAGCGCCGGUACGAUAUUCUCAUUCGCUCCAGACAUGGGCAAGGCCAAGCACGCCGCGUCUGAGAUGAAGACGCUGUUCGACAGACAGCCGGAGAUCGACACCUGGAGUCCCGAAGGCGAAGACGUGGGCAGCAUGCAAGGCAGCAUCGAGUUCCGCGACGUUCACUUCCGCUACCCCACGCGUCCAGAGCAGCCCGUACUGCGCGGACUGAACUUGGACGUCAAACCCGGCCAGUACGUCGCUCUAGUCGGUGCGUCCGGCUGUGGCAAGUCCACCACCAUCGCCAUGCUCGAGCGCUUCUACGACCCGCUCGUCGGCGGCGUCUACGUCGACGGACGCGAGAUCUCAUCGCUAAAGAUCAACCAAUAUCGCAACCACCUGGCCCUCGUUUCGCAAGAACCCACACUCUACCAAGGCACCAUCCGUGAAAACAUCCUCCUCGGCGCCGACAAGCAGCCUGAAGACGUACCCGACGCAUCCAUCGAUCAGGCCUGCAAGGACGCCAAUAUCUACGACUUCAUCCUCUCCCUGCCCGAUGGCUUCAACACCGUCGUCGGCAGCAAGGGAUCUAUGUUGUCUGGUGGGCAGAAACAACGGAUCGCCAUUGCAAGAGCCUUACUGCGUGAUCCGAAGAUCUUGUUGCUUGACGAAGCGACUAGUGCCCUGGACUCUGAAUCCGAGAAGGUUGUGCAAGCGGCGCUGGACAAGGCGGCGAAGGGACGCACGACGAUCGCAGUCGCUCACAGACUGUCGACUAUUCAAAAAGCGGACAUGAUCUAUGUGUUCGAUGCGGGCAAGAUCGUGGAGGCCGGGACGCAUCAAGAGCUGAUUGCGAAAGGCGGACGGUACUAUGAGUUGGUGAACUUGCAGAGUUUGGGGAAGAACGCGUAG